UGCAGCAAGAGUCAUUACAGGUGAUACUUAUGAUAUACGUUCAAAAGAUAUUUUAAAAAAGUUGAAUUGGAAAAACCUAUCCGUAAAAAGAAAAGAAAAAGAAAGUGCGUAUGUUUCAAAAGCUGUUACCGGAAAUUUCCCGAAAAAUAUAGCUGAAAAGUUUAAAAUAUCAAAUUCUGAAAGAUAUGAUUUAAGAAGCAAUAAUAAAUUUUUAGCAUUGCCAAAACCGAAAACAAAUUCUAUGGUUCGCACCUUUCGGUAUGCUGCUGCUAAAAUUUGGAACGACAGGAAUAAAGUAGAGUGAAUGUAUCUCUAUUUCUGUAUUUCUUUCUCUAUAUAUUUUAUACCUCAGAAAAUUCCUAUUUUCUCACCUUCCUAUCCUUGGUUUAUAUUGAAAACAAAUAUAUUCUAGUACCGUAUGUCCUUUUAAAUAUAUUUGAGGUAAUUAAAAACUCCAAAGAUGUACAAGCACUGUGUUUUGGCUUGCACACUUUGUUGAAUUUUAACACUCAGUUACUGUUCUAAAUUUCAUGUUGUAAACAUCUUGCCCAAAAAAGCAAAGGGGUAUUUUUUAUAAUUUUUUAUCAUUUUCUAAUUCAUAUCCCAAUAGAUGAAAAUUGGUUAUAAUAUAGAUAUGUACUAAUUAAGUAAAUAUUUAUUUUUUUGUUUUUAUAUAAAUAUAUGGAGAUAUUGCCCCUUUAGGUGAUGAGUGACAUGAAAAAAAUAGUGUCACUGGUUUACAAAUAAAAAUUCUCAUUGAAAAAACUAAUGAUAUAUAUAUAGGUAUGCAAGUUCAUUUAAACUAAAUUUGGUCAAUCAUAUAUUAAUAAUAUUUGGUUGAUAAGACCAGAUUUUUUCAUGCAACUGUUUCUGAGAUAUUGCCAUUUUGGUGAAAGCUCUUGAAUUCAGUCACGUAUUCGCCAUAUUGCUUGCACGUAAGGGGGGUAGAAACAUGAAAAAAUAUAAAUAAAUAAAUAUAAUUAUUCGUUUAUAUAUAUAUAUAUAUAUAUAUAUAUAUAUAUAUAUAUAUAUAUAUAUAUAUAUAUAUAUAUGUAUAUCCCUCCCUCCGUCUCUCCCUGGUCCGGUAUCUGUUCUAUGUCCCUAGGCUCGGAGCCAGCUCCAUAGGCUCCGAGCUGAGCUCCUUAGGUUCCGACCAGAGGCUCCGUUAGUCUCUUAAGCAUACCUACUUAGCGGACUGUGCCCUCAUGUAAGGUAUGCUUACUUUGGCCAAGAAUUAUUUCCUCAAAAUUAGCCAAUCACAGCUUUACCCACGAAAAUUGUGGGGCUUGAUCUCUGACCUUGAGACAUGGGUCGUCAAAAUAUUUAAUCUUCGUCAAAAUAUGUAAGUAAAAAUAUUUAAUCUUGAACAUUUCAUAUCUUCAUUUCUACGUAUUCAUAUCUUAAACCGAUUAUCUGCGAAAGCUGAGAGAUAUAUUUGUUAUACAUAUACCAGUCUACAAAUUUACAAUAUGUAACAAUACGUAUAUAUGUUUAUAUAUGCGUAAUGAGGUCGACACGUUUUACUUGGCUCUAUACUUCUGGGUUAUUUUGUCUCUUCAAUUGCUGCUUCUUGGCAGAUUUUUACGGGUUAAAAUGUGAAGAAUCAAGUGGAGGACAAUGUGGCCUCACCGGAAUAGCUGAUCCUACGGUUCAAAGCGAGAAAUUGGAAAAUUAUUACAACAGUGGAACCAGUCAGGCGAAUUAUUUACCCAAUGUCGAACUUUAUACCUGCCUAUGGUUUGGAAGCCUCGGCAAUGCAGAUUUUGUGAUACAAUAUGUGAUAUCUGCUGUUGAGGCGGGUUUUACCAACAACAUUGUGUCUGUGAGUGGUGUUUUUCCACCAAAUGAUAUAUUUAUAACUUCUAAGCUUUUAUUGGGAAAGUUUGACCCAUGUAUUAUUAGAUUAAUAUUAUGCACAAAUGGUACAAAGCACAUUAUACGUUUAUUAAGAUUAAGAUCAUCAAAGUUUUCAAAGUGCCGCAUUCUUUACUACCCUAACUCUGUUGCCUCGACGCAAAUUUUGUUGCUCUCUGGCGACAUUGAAAGAAAUCCAGGUUGGGACGUGACCGUUGCUCCAAAUUAUUUACAAGAUUUUGUGAAGUCUUUAGACAAAGGAUCAAACAACAUAAAAGUUGCACACAUCAACAUUCGUAGUAUUCGAAAUAAAAUUGAGGAAGUGAAACUCCUGUUAUACGUAUGUCGUUUUGAUAUUUUGGCUAUCACUGAGACACAUCUAAAUCGUAAAAUAUCCAACAGCCAACUUGAAAUUGAGAAUUACAAGAUGGUCAGGAGAGAUAGAAGUUCAGGAAUGAUCGGAGGAGGAUGUCUGGUGUAUAUUGCCAACCAUCUUUGUUUCACGCGGCUUAAAUCAUUUGAAUCGAAGGAUAUUGAGGGCAUAUGGCUUAAGAUCAUGUUUGAAUCAUCUGCAUUCAUCGUAGGUUCUAUUUAUAGACCACCCUCUGACUCUGAAUUCUUUCAAAGAUUUUACGUUACGCUGGAGAAAGUCUGGUUGAAGUAUAGAAAUGUUAUGGUAAUCGGAGACUUGAAUGCAGAUUUUACAAGGAAUAGAGGAGAAAUCACAUCAGCAAUGGGCAAACGACUUCAUAAUAUACUUCAGCAUUCUGACUACUCAGUAGUCAAUGAUCAACCAACAAGGAUCGAUAGCGAGACAUCCACUUUAAUCGACUUGGUAAUCGCCAGUAAGCCAAACACCAUCAAAUGUACGAAAACACUCGAGCUGGGGAUUUCAGACCAUCUGUUGGUGUAUGCGUCGGUAAAGAACAAGAUUAAGCGACCUCCACCGAAAGUGGUUACAGCUAGAUCUUAUAAACGAUUUGACAACGAAGCGUUUAGAAAAGAUGUUGAGGAAGCACCGUGGGCUGUCAUCUCUGUCUUUGACGAUCCUGAUGACAGCUUUGGUCCUGGUCACACCUGUUUAAUGAAAUAUGUGACAGACACGCUCCCUAUAGGCAAGUUAAAAUUAGCCAACAGUCAUUACCUUGGAUAACUCCCCAGAUUCGACAUCUGAUGAACUUGCGUCUGAAAACGUUUUUGAAGGCUGAGAAAUCAAAUAGCCAGGAACUGUAGUCUGAGUAUCGUAGCCUUAGGAAUAGAGUAAAUCAAAAGGUCAGGCUGUCGAAAAGUGAAUAUUAUACUAACUUGUUUGAUGAAGUUAAAGAUUGUCGAUCCUAUUGGAAACUGGUGAAGAAUGCUUCAGGUAGUCGAACUGUCCAGAUCCAUCGAAACAUCUGACUCGCGGAAAGCAGAAAUCCUUAAUGAACAUUUCUCUACUAUUGGAGAGAAAUUAGCGAGUGAAUUAUAUGCGGGUCAAAGUCAGGAAAAUCCUUUUUCGCAUAUUAUUCGUGUUACACCAACAGUAACGAACAUUGAACUUACUUAUGAUUCGAUUAUGCAAGGUUUAAUGAAACUAAAGAACAAUAAAACUUGUGGACCGGACAACAUCGCACCAAGAUUACUUAAAGGUGCUGGUCAUGUUUUAAUUCCAUCGUUGUUUUCUCUAUAUUCAAUGAGUGCGUCGUGCAAUACUGUCCCAAGCACAUGGAAAUUUGCAAGAGUUUCUGCCUUGUUCAAGAAGGAUGAUGAAACCGAUAAGCAAAAUUAUCGCCCAAUUUCUUUAUUAUGUGUCCCUGGUAAACUCAUGGAAACUCAGGUUGUUUCUACCAUCAGAAACCAUGUUGAGCCCCAUAAUCUUAGAAAUAAACACCAGUGGGCUUAUAAGAAGGGACAUUCCACGCAGCUACUUUUAGCUAAGAUGACCGAAGAUUGGAGGAGUGCACUGGAUCGAAAGUUAGUUGUUGGUGUUGUCUUUAUUGAUUUCCGUAAAGCUUUCGACUCUCUACCUCACAAUAUUCUGCUCUACAAACUUCAAAGUUUGGGUAUUGCAGGUGAUCUAUGGUGCUGGAUAAGAGAUUACCUCACUGAUCGCCAUCAAGCAACCGUUGUAAACGGCUGCAAAUCAGAAUCUAUGCCUGUUAGAUUUGGAGUACCUCAAGGGUCAGUUCUUGGUCCUAUACUCUUUUCAAUAUUCUGUAACGAUUUACCAGAUGUUGUAGUUGAUGAAAAUGAGGAUGUUGAGAUGUAUGCGGAUGAUACAACAUUGUACGUAGUAGCUAGGACUAACGAUGAAGUUGCCAAUAUGCUGAAUAAAACUAUAAAGAAGUUAUAUGAAUGGUGCUGUCUAAAUGGACUGUCUCCUCACCCGGGUAAGACUGAGCACAUGCUUUUAGGUCGAGGGAAAUUUACUGACCCACUCCAGGACAUCAGAUUUGGAAACAAUAGUAUUAAACAGGUGCUGGUUUCUAGAUGUUUGGGAUUAGAAAUUGAUUAUCAAUUAAAUUGGACCUACCAUGUUUCUGAAGUUAUUAAAGCAUUUACUCAGAAGUUGAAUUUGUUAAAAUCAUUAUACUUCCUCCCGAAAAAAGGUAGAGAGGAUUUUUACUUCAAGGUUAUACUUCCAUCCAUAACCUACGGACUAAUGAUUUGGAGCUCGUGUGGCAAGACCCUCAUGGAUGAAAUAGAGAGAAUUCAUGUUCCAGCUGCAAAGAUCAUCUACAAACUGGACUGGAGUACUCCCAGCGACCAAGUGCUGGUGAAAGCUAAUUGGAACACUAUCAGGGACAUGAACUCAAAAUGUCUGCUAUGCUUUGCAUAUAAGUGUUACUAUGGACAUGUUCCAGAACAAUUACAAUCUAUUGUUAGAAAAAGUAAUUACACAUAUGAUUUUAGAAGGAAGUUAAGUUUAGCCUUACCUGUGCCUAAAUCUAAUUAUGUUAGGAAUUCAAUAUAUUAUAAGGCAGCUAGUCUGUGGAACUCUUUAACGAAUGAGCAUAGGGCUUCAAAUAAUAUAGCUAGUUUUAAAACGAUUUUAAAGACAGAUAAAUUUUAAAUUUAGGUAAUUAUUGACUGGGACUGGGUAAUAAGUUUUUAUUAAUAUAACAUAGCUUAAAUUAUUGUUGUACAUACACGACCUCAUCAGUUCAGCUGUAAUCUUAUCGUGUUAAAAUAAAUGCUUUAGUAGUAGUAGUAGUAGAAUUUGUCGAGUUAUUGUUUUGAACAGACAGUGUAGUAAAAUCGAACAAUAUCACCUAAAAUAUUUCGCGAUGUUUUGAUUACUUUACAAGCGUGUGCAGGUGUUACUGUAGCACGGGUAAUAUACUGGGCAAAGACGUCAAGACAAAGUUAUAAAGUUACAGUGUAGGCUACGUAUACAUUACUGCGGGUGUAGAUGAUAGAUUUAUAAAUACUAAUUGAAGAUUACAGAAUUCAGCCUAUGUAAAAUACUGAGUUGAUUCAUUGCAUAUAUUUCGGUUCCUAAAUUUGUAUAUGCAUGACUAGCCAUUUUAUAAAGUUUAAUAAAAUCGUAAUUACAAAUGUCGCUCUGAUAUUGAACGUUCGGAAACUUAUAGUAUAUAUUGAAUACACAUGCCGUCACGCAGUCGCGUCAAGUUCAAAACAAGUAUUGCCAGUGAAUAGUUUUAUUUACAUUUAAUCCUUCGACCUAUCGCGUACAUUCGUUGGAAAAAUAUUCAAUAUUUUCUAGUUCGCCUGCUAUUGAUCAGACAACUUGAUCUGUUCACAUUUAUGGCCAUUUAAAUACGUUUAUAUUAUUAUUCGAUUAUCGCACGCUCCUUGUUUAGACUUUACAGUUGACAUUCAAAGUGUGCGUGUCUAGUGUAUUUGAAUGCUAUUGGCUAAUGGAAUACAAUGGGAAGGCGAAUUGCUAGCCAACGUAAGCGGACCGUACGUGGCGGGCCCAAACCCGCUAAAGUAGGUCUGCAUAGGAGACUAAGGCUCCAUAAGCUCGGAGCCAGCUCCAUAGGCUAGCCUAUGGUUUGUUAAAUAAUGCUGUAGCAAUCAACUCUAUAAAGGGUCUUCUUGAUCCCAAUAGCACAAAUAGUUCAAGAUGCAUUGCAAUUCAUGACUCUCAUAUUGUGAUGCAAAAUGGUCGCGUUACCUGUCACAUUUGGCCCAAACUUGCCCGAGUGUCGCCUGAUCUUGUUCUAUGACGUCAUUGCACUAGGGUUGAAGGCUCUCAAAGGAGUUCUAAGUCAACUUCAUGGAUAAUUAAGCCUCUGCGACGCCCCCGGGGGUGAAAAAUCUAGGGUUACCACCAUUGCUAUAGAGAUAGCCUUGGAUAUUAAUUGGUCGCCUUACCUUAUUGUGUUUGAUCGCGUUUCCUGUCACAAUUGGCCCAGCAAAGUGACGUCAUAGAUUUUGCAUACUAAUUACUUCUGGAACAAAGUGACGUCAUUGGCGGCAUCCCUUGAACUCCAGAGGGGGUCUUUCACUACUCACGUUUACGCAAUGUGCUACAUGCUUCUAAAACCAUUUCUUUCACUUCGUCUUCGAGUUGUAAAACAAAAGUAUUGCAAAUUUUCAAGGCCAAGCGGUUUUCGGCCGAACAAAUUGUCAAGACAUUGUAAGAGAGGAUAUUAAAUAAUUAUUGCUUCUAUACAACACUGAGAAUAUGUGUAUUUCUUUGUUCAUGAUCCAAAUGCCAUGUGGGAAAUUUGGAAAAAUUUAUUUCUUGAAGUCCUAGAAAAACAUGCACCACUUCCGCAAAAGAGUGGUAAAUGAACUAAAUGUAGGUUAACAAAAUUUGAGAAGUCCUGAAGAUAUUGCGGAGGGCUUAAAUUAAUGAAUAUUUUCAAAUAUUGGCCCAAAUCUAGCUAGCAAAAUAGAUUAUUGAAAUUCCAAUUAUGAAACAUAUGUCAAAAAUGCUCAAUCAGAAUUUGCUGCUUUCCAACCUGUUACUGUCAGUCAUGUCUUUCAUCUUUUGCAUGGACUUUCCAACAAUAAAGUCACUGGGAUAUCGAUAAAAUCUCUUCCAAAAUUAUUAAAUUAGUUGCACCUGUCAUCUCAGAUUCACUGACACUUAUUUUCAAUCCGUCUAUUAUUUUAUCUUCUUUUCCUGAUGAAUGGAAGGUAGCUAGAGUGAUGCCUCUAUAGUCUCUGCCUCUAGCGCAGUAUUCCUGGAAACUACACACCAAUAUCAGUUUUACCGGCCACUAGUAAAAUUAUGGAACGGAUAUUGUAUGAUCAACUGUAUAACUAUUUAACAAAUUUGAGCUUCUCAGUGAUUCUCAAUUUGGAUUUCGAAAAUUUCGCUCUACAGCUAGUGCAUUACUACAGAGUGUACAAAAAAACGCAACCUCGGAAUUUCCUAAGAAAUCAGUCUGCAAUUAUUUAGCAUACUAGAAAAUACAUGCAUGCAGAAACCCUCGCCUUGCUGACAAAACCGUUGUAUUUUCCGAACAUGAAGUAUCUAAAGUAGUUGUCAUGGUAACACGAUAAUUUUUUAAGAAUAUUCCUACAAAUGAAAAUCGCCUAAAAAUAUCACUUUUAAAUUUUAAUUACAAAAUUAUCAAUUUCCCAACAUAUAUAUCAUGUUAGGUAUGUAAUUAUACGUAAUACAAGCUUCAAUUUAAGGUAAAAUUCAACCACAAACAAUUCACAAAACGUUUUAAAGUGUUCUUUAUAAAACUAAACUGCCUUUAACUAAUAAAUGGCUUUAUCGAUAAACUUUGAGUUUGCAAUAAAAUGAUUUCAAAUUCUCGCUUGCAAAUAACUUUGCUUUAUUUUUUAUUUAAAAAAUUCAAUACUGAUAAAAAAGGGAAUCAGUAUUAAAGAUACACUGAAAUUAUAUGCUGUCUUGUUUAGUUGUUUCAUAUACGCAAAGGCCGUCGGGUUUUAAAGCCAUUAUAUUUAAAAAUCAAUAUUUAAAACAAACUUACCUUCGUUAACGUCGGCUCCCUUCUUUCAGCUGAUUCUUUCGCCCUUUCUUUCUUGAAAUUUACAAAAUUUUGCAGAACUCGAGCAAAAAUGAACAAUAUUUGCAAGAAAUUUAUCAAUCAUCAACUCAUCAAAUCAAGAAAUGUUUGCUAUUUCGCUGUCGUCAUGUAGUCGUUAUAAUGCAAACUUUAAAUUGGACCAAUGUUUUAUGCACUCGCGUGUGCAGUAAUUUUGACAGUUGUGCUAUUUUAAAUUCCCAUUCGCCUAAAAUCUUUUGUCUUUAAAACAAUGACGAUUUCUUACUUUUAAAGGCAAAUAAAACGCUUAAUCGAAGAUCGGAAAUAUUCGCGAAGAGCGCAGAGAAAUUCCACGCGGGAAAAUUUGAGAGUGUGCCCGACCAACGAACGCAUGCGUCAGCAAACCGCUAGUGAGUAGCGUCAACAAACAAAACUGAACUUGUAAUAACAGUUGUCUGAAGAUUGCGAAAUUGCAUGAAACUCUGAGUAGCAACAU